UGUUUCCUGUUCCCUCUGGAUCGCUGUCAUAUUCGAGGCUUCUCUGGUCAGAUGAGCCAGGCUGAAAAAAUUCUUUGGAGCAGUUGAUGAGGAACAAACAAGGAUGAAGUUACCAGAUCAAAUGGCAUAAAUAAUGGAGCUUGUAGAGCUCUGGUGUCUAUUCUAUGGAAUUCUAAUCUGGUGGGCUGAAUGAUGUUGAACUCUUCCAAAGAAAGGUCCCACUAUAUAGUGUCUGGUUUUCACAAGAAAACAACAAUACAAACGCCCUUAAUUUUUGCUAUUCAUCGACUGAUUUGGAGAAUAAAAGUCUGAUUUUUGGAAUAAACCUUCACUGUUGCUUGCCAAAACAAGCCAUGAUAAAUGUUUUACAGAAGAGCUGAAACCUUUCAAACAACACCCAAGCCUCAGCAUUGAUGCAAGAGAAGCUAGUCAAACAUUGCAAGAUGACAGACGAGCCUAUUAAAGAGAUCUUGGGAAGCUCCAAGUGUCCUCAGUGUGCAACACAGGAGAAAAGCAACAACAAUGACUACAGGGUAAUAGCUGUCCCUUUGGUGAGUGAAUGCCAACUGACGGCUGCUACAGGGGGAGCUGAACUCUCCUGCUACCGCUGUACAAUCCCAUUUGGGGUGGUGAUUCUCAUUGCUGGGGUGGUGGUCACUGCGGUGGCAUAUAGCUUCAACUCCCAUGGAUCCAUCAUCUCCGUGUUUGGUUUGAUUCUCUUGUCAUCUGGACUCUUUUUGCUGGUGUCAAGUGCAUUAUGCUGGAAAAUCCGCCAGCACCACAAGAAGACCAAGAGGCGUGAAAGCCAGACAGUUCUAGUGGCUAACCAGAGGAACCUGUUUGCUUAAGAACUACAUUUAAAAAACACUUUAAAAAAGACAGAGAGAAUGCAAUCGGUCACAGAAUGCACAUCUAUUUAUUUUCAUUUGGGCUACAGGAUGUCUUUUAUUAAUAACUGUUUGGAUUUAUCAAUGUUAAGUAAACAGUUCUUGCAAAAUCAGGAAUAAUUGGAAUCCAUUUUAUCAUAAACAUAUUUCAAGGUGAAUUAGGCUUAGUAGUUUCUUCCUUCCAUUUAGUCUCCUAUCGGCAUUUACCCUUCUCUCCAUUUAUAUUAUAAACUUAAAAGCAAGACAAGCUAGCUAAGGUGAAAAAAACCUAUUAUAGUCAAAGAUAGCAGUAAGCAAUUGAUAAUGUAUAUAUGCCCAUAAGAACAAGGUAAUUCUUUGUUAACAGCUAUCACUUUUCAUAGAAUUAUUUGUUUCAAGUAUAUAUAUAUAUAUAUAUGUAACAAGAGCUUACCUUGAAUUACUUUUCUGAGAAGCAACUUUUGAAAGUGAUUGGGAAGAGGAGCCUGUGAACAAUUCUAUUAUGACUAAUAGUUGCAAAUAAAUCUGUGUCACUAUAGUGGUAAAUAAUUCUAUAUUUUUCUGUUCUACGAAAGGCAGGGAAGCACCUAAACUUUAGCUGUUUUUCUACUCCAGAUUUCCCUUGAAAAAAAUCUGCUUCUACCUGUUGAUUACCUUUGUAUGGAACAAAUAGAGCCUGCCUCAGUACAAUCCCCCAAAAUGAAAAUAGCAAUUUCAUUGCAUGCUUCAUUGAUUAGCAUGUUUGCUUGGUUUACAAAGGGCUGCAAAUAAAGCAAUUCCCUUUUUACUUCUACAACCAUUUGGCAAACCCAUCUUGAAUGUUAUUUGCUUCCCCGUCCUUAUGCAUUGCCUCUGCUUAUUGCCCUCCUCCUCAACUCUGUCUUCUGCACCAAAGAUUUUUGUUGUUGUACUCCAAGCUACAGGUGAAACUCGAAAAAUUAAAAUAUCAUGCAAAAAU